CGGAGGGACUUGAGAUCUGUUUGUUCUGGGUCUCGCGAGCAGCGGUAAUUUGUCUGGUCUGCCAGUGUCCGCUUCUAUCCACCUUCUAUGUAGCAUCCAGCUUGACCCGUCGAGAGCCGAUUCCAAACCUCAUGUUCAGGGGGUUGCGGACGUGCGCUGCGGGAGAAGAGGCACCAUAAAUUGCGCCGACAACCUCGCGGUCCCUGGCAGGGGUGUUCUGUUCUUUGAUCUACAUGGUCACUGCUUGUUGACUCGACAUGGCUCCCCUCUGGCUGUCCCUCCUGGCGACAGCGUCUGCUGUGUGGGCCAUCACCCCGGAGAAACUGCUCAGCGCUCCACGAAGGGGCGAAGCAAUUCCUAACCCGUCUGGUGAUGUUGCGGUGUUUUCGACCUCGAAGUACUCCUUCAAGGAGCACGAGUCUUCGUCCUGGUGGAGUCUGCUGGAUUUGAAGACUGGCUCAACCAGCCUUCUUACCAAUGACAGUGAUGUCUCUGAGAUUACCUGGCUGGGAACCGAUGACUCGACUAUCCUCUACAUCAACAGUACCAAUGCACACAUUCCGGGAGGUGUUGAGCUCUGGGUUACUUCUGUUUCUGAUUUUGAGAACGGAUACAAGGCCGCUUCACUGGAGGCCCCCUUCUCUGGCCUCAAAUCAGUCAUUACUGAAUCAGGAGACGUUCAUUUCGUGGCGUAUACCAAGUCCUAUCCCAAUGGCACAGCAUACAAUGAAGAGCUGGCCACUCCUCCAUUGAGCUCUGCUCGUAUAUACGAUAGUAUCUACGUCCGCCACUGGGACUUCUACCUCGAUACCACCUUCAACGCAGUAUUUUCAGGAACUCUGAAGAAGAGCGGUACCACUGGCCAGUAUGCUUCAUGCGGGGAGUUGAAGAACCUGGUGUACAGCGUCAAGAAUGCCGAGUCACCGUAUCCCCCUGACUCAAAUCCAUCCGACUACACCCUCUCCCCAGACGGAAAAUGGGUCGCUUUCAAGAGCAAGGCUCCUGAUCUUCCACGGGCAAACUACACAUCCUCGUACAUCUACCUGGUUCCACAUGACGGAUCAGCGAAGCCAUUCGCAAUCAACGGUCCUCAGAGCCCUGGAAAACCUGCUGGAAUUGAAGGUGACUCCAGCAGCCCCGAGUUCUCCCCAGAUAGCAGCAAGCUUGCCUAUUUCCAGAUGAAGGAUAUAUCCUACGAGUCAGAUCGUCGCACCCUGUAUGUGUACACACUUGGCUCCAACGAUACCAUUCGCACCCUGGCGAAGAACUGGGACCGAUCUCCCGACACGGCGAAGUGGACAGCCGACGGGAAGACUUUGAUUGUGAACAGUGAAGACAGCGGGCGCACUAGGCUGUUCGUCUUCCCGGUUGAUGCGGGAGAUGAUUUCAAGCCCCAGAACUUCACAAAUGGCGGCUCUGUGUCAUCCUAUUAUCUCCUGCCGGAUUCCUCUGUGCUAGUUACCGGGAGCGCUAUUUGGAAUAGUUGGAUCGUAUACACAGCAACCCCAUCGCAGGGAGUUACCAAGACAGUGGCUUCUGCUGUCGAGAUAGACCCUGAGUUGAAGGGACUUAGCCCUGAUUAUGUCGAUGAGUUUUACUAUGAUGGUAACUUUACCAAGAUCCAAUCGUGGAUCAUAUACCCCGAGGAUUUCGACAAAAACAAGACAUACCCCUUGCUCUUCUACGUCCACGGUGGUCCCCAGUCUUCCUUUAUCGAUUCAUGGAGCUCACGAUGGAAUCUGAAGACGUUCGCUGACCAGGGCUACGUCGUCAUUGGACCUAAUCCGACUGGAAGCUCAGGAUUUGGUGAUGAGCUGCAGGAUGCUAUCCAGAAUAGCUGGGGGGGUCGCCCAUACGACGAUCUGGUGAAAGGGUGGCAAUACGUCCACGAUAACUUCCCGUUCAUCGACACCGACAACGGCGUCGCCGCCGGAGCCAGCUACGGCGGCUUCAUGAUGAACUGGAUCCAGGGCAAUCCUUUGGGACGGAAGUUCAAGGCUCUAGUCAGUCAUGACGGAACGUUUUUCGGUGAUGCGAAGAUUAGCACUGAGGAGCUGUGGUUUACCGAGCAUGAGUUCAACGGCACCAUCUGGAAUAACAGAGACAACUAUCUCCGCUGGGACCCGUCUGCCACAGAACACAUCCUCCAGUUCAGCACCCCCCAGCUCGUCAUCCACAGUGACAAGGACUACCGUCUCCCCGUCUCCGAGGGACUGGCCCUGUUCAACGUCCUCCAGGAGCGUGGUGUACCGAGCAGGUUUUUGAAUUUCCCCGAUGAAAAUCAUUGGGUAUUGAAACCUGAGAAUAGCCUGGUUUGGCACCAACAGGUUUUCGGUUGGUUGAAUCGGUAUUCUGGUGUGGAGGAGACGAAUCCUGAUGCUGUUCGGUUGGAGGAUACGGUUGUUCCUGUGGUGAACUAUAAUCCCUGAUUGUGAGCGCAAAUGACAUGCAUUACGACCGUGAUGGUACAUGCCUGGUACACUAAAGCAUCCUUGCUGGUCUUUACUGCAUGUAGAUGUUAGACGUCUGGACCCACAGUAAAUAAUUACCAUAUGAAUGUUGAUUGAAGAUCUA